GUAGGAGCAGCGAGCGUUGGAAAAAAAAAAAAAAAAAGAAAGAGGAAAAAAAAGUCGAACGUACUUGCUAUUUAUUAUAUCGUUCAAUUGGUCAUCAAUUGUACCGGAAAAAAACGUCCUCGACGACUCGAUGGAGUCACGGGGGGGAAACAGCGUGAGCUAAUGGAUAAUAUUGUUAUAGUAUUCUUGUCGAUACGUGAUAACUGAACGUUCACUUUCACCUGGAAGACAGCGAGUUUAGUGUUGAUCACCGGCUGAUACCAUCUACUGUAAAUAAUGGAUGCAGUUUCAAGCAAACAACUGUUUUCCGAUGCGAUUUGGAGUUCGAAAAAUGACAAAACUGAGUUGAGUUGGACUUGAGUGGUCUUGAAGGGACGCUUCUUUACUAUUUGUUUCCCCCCAUUUCUUCAUACAACAGGGCAAACGAUCGAUAUGCUGAUGGUUCAAGCUCACUCAGCAGCCCCCCACACCCCCCGCCCCUGCUCUUGUCCCACAGGGCGGAGCUAAGUAUGGGGUAAGCGAGCCAACAGGCGACAUUGCAACGAGACGAGGGCUCGCUCAGCAGCACAGGUGCGCAACGGCGUCAUGGCGCUGCUGCGGUUGAGGCUGAAGGUUCUGGUGACUGUGAUGAUGGUCAACAUCUUCAUCUUCAUCCUGGUCUCCCGACACGGCGGGCGGGAAAAGGGCUUCCAGUUCAAGGUGCGGGUCCCCUCCAAGCCCUUCUGGAGCAAGCUCACUCCCAGCUCAGGCUACUGGAACCGCCAGCAGCAGGUUCUGGACUUCUGGAACAACCCCAUCCUCGCCAAUUACAGCGUCGCUGACUUGCCCGAAUGGCUCAACGAAACCCGCGUGUCUUUUGACGCCUGCCAGCCGGACGGCAGGGUGACUACUCAGGUGAAAGACUACAACUCCCUACCCUUGCGCUUCAAGGACUUCGUACUCUACAUGCACUGCCGCUAUUACGCGGUCCUGGUAGACCAGCCGGACAUCUGCCGGGAGCCGCCCUUCCUGCUGCUAGCCGUCAAGUCCCUGGCGCCGCAUUUCGACCGGCGUCAGGCCAUCCGCCAGUCGUGGGGCCAGGCGGGUGCGGUCGCCAACCGGACCGUGGUCACCGUCUUUCUCCUGGGCCAGACCACGGCAGGGGACCACUACCCGGACCUGUCGGCGAUGCUGAGCUACGAGAGCGACCAGCACCGGGACAUCAUCCAGUGGGACUACCGGGACUCCUUCUUCAACCUGACCAUUAAGGAGGUUCUUUUCCUGGACUGGAUCCAGUCACGUUGCCCCGGAGCCAACUUCAUCUUUAAGGGCGACGACGACGUCUUCGUCAACACCUACGCCAUCCUGACCUUCCUGGGCGGGCUGUCGCCGUCCAAAGCCGCCGACCUUUUCGUAGGCGAUGUCAUCACCAAUGCGGGGCCGCACCGGGACAAGAAGGUGAAGUACUUCAUCCCGGAGAGCAUGUACAUCGGCUCAUAUCCGCCGUACGCCGGCGGCGGAGGCUACCUGUACUCGGCCAGCGUCGCCGCCCGCCUGCACAACGGCUCCCGCCGCGUCGCGCUCUACCCCAUCGAUGACGUCUACACGGGCAUGUGCCUGAUGAAGAUGGGGCUGGCCCCCGAGAAGCACAAGGGCUUCAGGACCUUCAAUAUCGAGGAGAAGUACCGCACCAACCCGUGCGCCUACAAGGGCCUGAUGCUGGUCCACCCCCGCACGCCGCAGGAGAUGAUCCAGAUCUGGUCCUGGCUCAACCAGCCAGACCUCAACUGCCAGUAGAGGGCGCCCACCCAUACGAAGGGUCAGACCAUUAUUUUGAGCAGUGGGGCGGGUUCUGACUUUUAGAAGUUGGCAGCUUGUCAUUGUGCUUGCUCGGACCUUCAGCCUGGAAAGGUUUGCUCCAUUUAUGAUCACCAGAGUAUUUUUGGCAGCCAUUUUACAGUAAGGGUAUUCCUACAAAUGGUACAUUCUGAAUGAUUAAUGCAGGAUUACAGCAUUACCCGUACCCUGCGACCGUUAUCGCAACCCUAACCCUAAGAACAAGGUUCAGGCUGUGUGUUUCCCACACCUCAAGUACGUAUAUAAAUCUUCUCACAUGACUUCUAUCAAUGUAUUCCUCAGUCCUAAAUCAUUAAGAGUUAAAAUCCCAUUUGAGGGUCCCCUUAUCGUGAAGCGGCGCCGUUCUUUUUUUUAAACUUGAUUUUCUCGCUUUGCUGUACAGAGCUUGAACCAAAGUUGUGUCAUAUUUAUACGGCUGUAACUAUUUAUAACGCUUUAACACUGUCUCUGCUCGCCACUGGGGUGGGGCAUCAAAAAUGCUGUAUUAUAUCGGAAUAUACCUGAAAAAUUUAAGCGAGGUAACGUCGUCCGAACUGUUGUCGUCAGUGUCCCCUUUCACACAGGGUUUGCGCGGAAAUUUGGUGAAUCAGAGACGGAAUUAUUUUACCGACCUGUGCCUUUCGACACAACCGUGUGUAUGAUCUCACACUGCAAACGGUGAAUUAUAUUAGAGAAAUGCGUUUGGUGUUGAAUUAGACGCGACGACCGCUGUUCCCCUUUCACAAAGCCGCUGUCCUGCCCGUCACGCUACCUCGGAAAAUGGAAAAUGGUUGACUCAACAACCCCAUUCUGUAUUCUUUCAGACGAUACCCCAUUGGAGCAAAAUUGCCAUUUCAGAGACGAACUUGUUUUAGUGACCUGUGCCUUUCACGUAGAGAUGCAGAAUCCCGCAAAUUUGUUAUCAAUGUCCGCUGUUGAACUUGACACCCGCGUCACGGCUAUUUCCGUGAUUAUUUUUUUCUCACAGCCGCCGUCCCGUUCCUGAUACUACCUCGGACGCUGGAAAAUUUGCGGUAUUCUUAUUCCUUAUCUUUUCACAAAGAUCUCGAAAAAGUUUCAAAUAAAUUGUUCGCCUAAUAGCAAAAUGCCAAUGUGCGGGCUAUAAAUGCAUUUACUUGUUUUCCAGAAACGUUCAAACAGGACUUCGGCAACUAUGCUAUUCGGCUAACGGAAUGUAUGACACUUCUGCACACGAGUAGGACAACUCUGGCAUACUCGUAGGACAACUGCAUGUUACUAGUGAGGCAAACCUGCACUAGUUGACAGGCGCGCUAAUCGUACUACUCGUGAAAUGCUAGAUAACUAGUAGAAUUUUUAUAGUGUCACUAGUAAGGACGGCUUUUCAUAAAACCAUUUGAGCAUUUAUUUGAUAUCCAUCUUAAGGUCCAAGUCUUUGUCUUCUCUUUGUUGUCACGACUAAGGCAAUUCAGCGCACUAGUCAAAUGAUAAGGGUGCACUAGUAGUACCACUGUCUUACUAGUAAAGUUUUUUCUGUUUGACAUUUCUGCACACUAUUUGGACAACUUUGGCAUACUAGUAGAAUGUCAUUAGUGCAGCGCAGUAGUUCACUGGUAAAGUUUAAUUGCAUACAUGUAGGCCAAAAGUGGUACUAGUAGUGGGGGGGGGGGGGGAAGUUACUAGUAAAGACAUUGUCAUUCUACUAGUGUGCUGAAUUGUCUUCCUGGUGAGGACAAAGAGCUAUCUGGAUAUCAAGGAUAUGGAAUACAGUAAAUGCUUAAACAGCUUUCCAUUGUGAAAAACAUGUUAUUGAUUAUAAAUGUUGCUAUGGUAACUUGUUGUUUUAUAUUCCUGGUGGCUGGAGGCUUAGUUUGCGCUGCUAGUCCGUCCUCCUAGCGCAGCCCGCAGGGCGUCGGCCGUAGUGUUUGUAAAAGGUAAAUGCUGGAGACGUUAACUUUGUCAGUCUGCUUGUGGAAAACAAGUGUUUGCGAUGCCAAAAUUCGGCGAUAAAGCAGUGAAGAAAUCCUACAAAUUUGAAAUCAUAAAAGUUAGCGUUAUCUUCCCGGGCAAAAUGUUGCCGUUAAAAAGUUUGUAAUAGCAAUUCUGUGCGUUCGGAAGGGGGAGAGAGAAUGAGAGUCAGAUUGUUUUUCUGUCUCAGAUUCAAAUAAAUUUGUUUAUACAAGGACACACUUUUAGUUUCGGAAAAUGCAGAAUUGAUUUUCAUUGUACAAAUGAUCUCCAACUCACUUUAUGUACGGAAAGUCGGACGUUAACCCUUACGAACUGGAAAGUUAGUGUUGCGUCAAAAAGUUGUCUGGGACAGUUUUGGUGAGUUAUCAGAAAAUGAUCAGAAAUCUAAUUUUCCAUGUUUCUGAUAUGACGAAUAAACUAAUUUGUUCAUACAUGAUCACUUUUUAGUUUCGGAAAACGCAGAAUUAAUCAUAAUCGUACAAGUGUCCAUCGUGUGAAUGGUCUUUGACUCACUUUAUGUACUUAAAGUCAGUUAAAGUCAGAUGCUAACCCUCCCCAAUAUUGCUAAUGCUAAUGCUUCCCAUUUUCGAUAUCUGCGCUAGCGUGAACAGUGAAUUUUUAUGUUCACACUUUGGUUGUUGGUACGUAUACUAAAUGUUUUUGUUUUUUUUAAAUGCCCUACGAUCUACGCUCGUUUUUAUUUCGGUAUCAGAAGGACCUAUUUGAUGAACACAGUGUUGGAAUUUGCGGCCGAUUUCCAAUUUAAGAAAAAAAAGUGACUUGUCACUGACUCGUCAGACACGCUAGGUGUCGCGUACGCACUUUAUGUACGUUGCGCUGUGUAAAAGCUAUCACGCUAACAAAACAGAAAUCAACUACCGACAUUGACGACCUCUGUCGUCUGUACCCUCACUACUUAAAAAUUAAAAAUAUAUGUGGCACUAUACGCUAGGAUGUAGUUUUUUCACAAUAAGAAGUAUCGAUUGGACGUAUGGAAGUACGUUAAUAUGGAAUUUAGGCCGAUUUUAGAUUUAGAAAAAAUAAAAGUGCCUUAUCGCUUACUUGUUGGAGACACAAGGUGUCUAGCAUGCACUUUAUUUAUAUUACGAAAUGUAAAAGUCAGAGAUAUUAACGUUCACACAGCGAAAAAUUAACUCCUCACAUUGCUAAUCCAAAAAUUUCCCAUUUGCGAUAUCUACGCUAGUGUAAAUUGUGACUUUAUAUGUGCGUGCCUCGGUUGUCGGCGCUUGCGCUACAUAAACAUUUUAAAAUGUAUUACGUAUAAUAUAUGCAAUUGUGUAGUUAUUUUGGAAUCAGAAGGAUUAAUUUGACGCACAUAAUUUGUGAAUUUGGGCUACCUUAAAUUUAUUUAAAAAAAAAAAAAGGGGGGGGGGGGGACUUUCACGUCUUAGACUGUUGCUGUUGCGUACGUUCAUUAUCUACCUAAUUUUAGAUAAAAGUCAGAUGCUAACCCGAGGUUGAAAUCAACUGACAUUGCUAAUGCCUGCCCUUUUUCCUGAUAUGCGCGCUAGCAUAAUGCGUAAAUUUAUACGCUCACAUCUUGGUUGUCGUUGCUCCCUUCUUAAAACACUUCUUUUUUUUUUUUUUUUUCCCCCUCCAAGCGCUAUAUGUUGACAUGUUAUUUCGGAAUCGGAAGGAUGGAUUUGACAUACGAAAUGUCGUGAUUUGAGCUGAUUUCCAAUAAAUCUGCUAAGUGACUUAUCGCUGCAUCGUCAGAGACGCUUGGUGUCGAUUAACUUUGCUCGUCGUGGUCUUCAGUAUUACCAAUAUAAAUAAAAAAAAAUAUUCCAAAAGAUUAAAAAGCGGACUGACUUGUGUGAAAGUGGGUCGUGAUUAGGACUCCCCCUGCUGGUCAGGUCAGUCAAAUGAGCUGCUGUAAGGCUAAGUGGUUAGCAUGUUUUUGUCGUUAAAUACCACCUUAUUUAUGUUCUCGCUCACAUAGGACAAUCACGUAAACAUUUCUACAGUAUAACAAUGAUUUAAGGACUUAUGGUCUGGGUUGUUUUUGUUCGUUAAGAGAUGAUGUCGUAUCCCGUGACGAUCGAUUACUUGAAUUGUUUACAUUCAAAGUCAUCGCUGCUCUUUUUUGACGCUCGCUGUUUCUUGGCUGGCUUUUUUUCUCUCGUCUUGUGACGUAAAAACACUGGUAUUAGCCAUUUGUUGCGUGAGGUUGAAGAAUAAAGAAUAUUCAGUACGUAUACUGGAUGUACAUACACUCCUCGCAUAAAUUUCAGGAUAUUAGGAUUUUAAGGUGAAAUUCCACCCAACACCCUAACUUUUUGCGAGUAGUGUAUUUAAAUAUUUUAGAAGGAAAGCUGCACUCAGGGUAAAGACGAAUGAAUUUUUCAUUCAUCUUUAAUAAUUUUUCAAGCACAAACGACAAUUGUGCUUGUACGAACUAGAGGUGCGAUACUAUACAAUAUUGCGAUUAUGUGAUAAGUGUUUUUAUCAAAGGCAAAUGGAACCGUAACAAUUUGAUUUGCUGUACCUGUAAAAGACAUUGAUACGAUACAUCACGAUAUCGGUAUGUUGUCCCGGCUCUAGUUUCAAGAUUGUCGUAGACCAAAUCUGUGCCUGAUGUUUGUGGUUCGGAUGUGUCAAAGGUGAAAUGUAAGUGCGACUGCUUUUUUGUUAUCAUUUUGAUUCUUUCUGUAAUUGUGUAUUUUGUUGUUUUUUUAUUACAUUGUGCUGUUUUCUGUGUUUUUAUUGUUGACACAAAUAAACGUAAGACACCCAGGA